AUGCAUCGUGGUGCGUCUGCCGUGAGCGAGCUGGCGUCGGAAUACGAGAGCGCACUGCAAGAGUUGACCUUCAAUUCGAAGCCGCUCAUCAAUAAUCUGACCAUCAUCGCGGGCGAAAACAUGCACGCGGCCGAGCACAUUGUGGAACUUGUCGAGAAGCGAUUGUUUAAUAAGCUGCCGUCCAUCUAUCUCUUGGACUCAAUCGUGAAGAACAUCGGUGGCGUCUACCACGACUUAUUUCAGCGCAACAUCGUCUCCAUCUUCCGCACCACCUACGACGCCGUCGACGAGCCCACGCGGGCCUCCAUGCGCCGACUGCUCGCCACCUGGGUCGCCCUGUGGCCCCGCAAGGUCCAGCUCAUCCAUGAGCGAAUACCAUCGGCCGCUCUCCCCAGCGCCGCUCCCGCAUCGGCGGCCGGCGCCGCGCCAUCCGCCGGCGCUGCCUCUGGUCCCGGCCGAGGCAUUCACAUCAAUCCCGCCUACCUGGCCAAGCUGCAGGGCGGAGCUGACCGACGCCCCGGCGGUGGCCCGUCGUCAUCACGCCGCAGCCCGCCGCCUCCGCGCCACUCCAUCUCUCCCCCGCCUUCCUCCUCUGCCUCCUCAUCACACCGUCGCGACCACGGCGCGCGCUCUCCCCCGCGCAAGCGACCCCGAUCACCACCUCGCUACGGAACCUCGGGCGGCGGCGGCGGCAGCAGCUACAAGUCCGCACGCCGCAGUCCGCCGGACCGCAUCAACGAGAUCCUCGGGCACACCGCCGGCGGCCGCGACUACGACCGACCGCAUCGCGGCGAACCCGAAGGGCGAGGUGCCUAUCGACCACGACCAUCGGACGCCGGUGGCCGGUUCGGCGGCGGAGGCAGGCCCGACGACCCGCGACGGCCCGGCGCGCACCCGCACCCUGCCCCGCCACACCACCACGCCAUGCCGCCGGUGGCCCCGAGGAGCGACUACAACCCGUUGCCCGGUAUGACGGGCGGUGGUGGUGGCUAUGGGGCGAUGCCGCCGCAGGUGGCGGCUCCCGUGGCGAUGCCGCAGCCCACAGCACCGCCGCCGGGCGGAGGUCAUCAGGUCAUUUUGGCCGAAGCCCAGGUCCUCAUGCAGCAGCUCGAGCAGCGACUGCAGACCCAGCUGGGACAGCCCAACGUGGACCACAGCGAGGUCAUGCGGCAGCUGGGCCAGCUGCGCGCUCUCCAGCAACAGGCCACCCAGAUUUUGACGCAGCCCGGCCAACCAUUUCCCAUGGCCGCCCCGGCGCAGGCUGGCCUCGCCGCGCCUAACCUGGUGCAGAACCUGCAGGGCCUCGGACAAGGCCAGCAGGCCCGCGAGACCAUUCUCUCGCUCCUGCAGGGCACGCUCGCCUCCGUCAUUCCACCCGCCACCACCCUCUCGCCGCCGUCUUCGCAGCCCAUGGGCCUUCCCGGCGCAGGAGCCUUCGCCGCCGCCGCCGCUCCUGCCCCAUAUGCGCCGCUACAGGCUCCAGCUACGGCCCCGGCUGGGAUUCCAGGCCUGGCCCCGCCUGCGCCGGCUAUGGCGAUGCCGACCGAGGAUCUCCUCAAGAACCUCAUGAACAUGGGCAUGAUAGGCGGUCCCGCCGCGGGGAUGCCGGCCGCCGCCGCUCCCGGGAUGGCCCAGCAGCCCGCCAUGCCCGGCAUGAUGCCCAGCCAGCCCGGCAUGCCUCCCAUGGGAGGAAUGCCCGCGGGCUAUCCGCCACAGGGCGGGAUGCCCGGUAUGCCCAUGAGUGCCGCCGCUGGCAUGGCGGGGAGAGGACCCUACCACGGCAUGCCCGGCGCCGGCGGUUUCGACGCCGCGCCUCCGGCCACUCAUCGCCGACUCGACUUGGCUACGGAGAACGUGCAGGUGAACAAGCUCUACGCUGACUUCGAGCUGCAGUGCGGUACCUGCGGGCUGCGUUUCAACGACAAGGACAAGAUGGCCAAGCAUCUCGAUUGGCACUUUGCCAUGAACAAGAAGGAGAAGCAGAAGACCAAGAAGGCCGUGUCUCGCCUCUGGUUCACCACCGCCGACGAAUGGGCCACGGGAAUCGAUGUCGCGGAGAAGCCCGCCAUGCCCUUCUUCAACGAGGCUGCGACGCAGGAGGCCGCGGAAACGCCCGUGAUGAAUGUCAUCGCCGACGAGUCGCAGACGCACUGCGGGAUCUGCGGCGAGAAGUUCGAUCAGUUCUGGGAGAACGACCUGGAGGAGUGGAUGUACAGGGGCGCCGUCAAGGUCGAGGGCACGGGCCAGCUCUUCCACCAGAAGUGCUACGAGCAGGCCGCGGCCAUGACCCAGCAGGCCCAGCAGGCCCAGCAGCAGCAGCAAGAGCAAGAAGCUGCCGCCACCACCUCGGCAUCAACGAACGCCGACUCAUCGACGACGACGACGAACGGCGCCUCGUCUUCUCAGCAGUUCUGGGUCAAGAAGGAGCCGGAAGGAGAGGAGGCGCGAUGGCUCGAGGUCUCGGCGGACACCACCCACCACCUGCCCGCCCGUGUAGCGUCGCUACUGCGGCCGCGUCGCUGUCGGUUUGUCUCGCGAGAGGCCUCUCAGGGCCUGCGUGCGCUGAGGCAGGAAGAGAAGAAGGAGCCGCGGCAGCAAAUGAAGUCUUUGCGUUGCGUGUAG